GUCAGCCAGUGGGUCAGACGAUAGGAGGAUGUGGUGUUUGGAGCCAGGGGGGUGGAGCCCUAAGAAAGGCCUCCAGGAGGAGGGUCACGUUGGCGGGACUGCGCGGGUGGGGCCCGCACUGGCAAGUUUCUCAGAGCGGGGGCCCAGGCAGCCAGGACCGAGCCCUGCCCACCCGUGAGUCACGGCCCUACCUCGGCCGGGGUGUUUUUCUGGUUCCCCGUGAAAUGUCCCAUUCCCGCACAUCUGUUGUGUGGCACCCAAGCCAUGCUGCUCCUCUGGUGUCCAGCCUCCAGGGCCUGGGCCUCCUGGACGAGGAUGCUGCAGCCAGAGAGCUCCCGGGUCUCCGAGGAGGGGACUGCCACUGGGUCCCAGCGCGGUGACUGCAUCAUCUGCUACUCAGCCUACGACCUGGCCGGGCACCUGCCGCGCCGCCUCUACUGCGGCCACACCUUCUGCCAGGCGUGCGUGCGGCGGCUGGACACGGUGGCCCACGAGCAGCGCUGGGUCCCGUGCCCGCAGUGCCGCCAGAGCACACCCACACCCCGUGGAGGGGUGGCCAUGCUGGACCUCGACCUGGCCGCCUUCCUGGCUGUCAGGGCUGAGCGGGAGCUGCCUCGCAUGGAGCCCCAGCGUCCCGCGCCCCCCAAAGGCAGCACCGCUGUCACUCAGCAGCCAGCCAGGCUCUGCCCCACCUUGGGCACCCAGCCCCACUUCCCCCAGCCCAGACGCUGCUGCAGCUGCGGCCUCUGCUGGGACACCCUGGACAGUCCCCAGGUCUGAGUCCACCGC